ACUGGGGCUACUCUGAGGUUUUGCCUCUUUUUACAGCUCAAAGAGAAAGACCAUUCCCCCCAUUCUCUCAUUCUCAUAUCACCUACACUUCCUUCCUAAUCCUUCUUCUCUCUUCCCUUUUUCACAUACACUGAUACACACAAAAACAAACAAGACCAAACUAUAUUCUUCUUACUGAAACAUCAACUAUUUGUGUGUUUGUGUUUGUGUUUGUGUUUGUGUUUGAGUUUGUGAAAGAUGAGCAAUUGCAAGUUCAUAAAGUGUGUGACAGUGGGAGAUGGAGCUGUGGGAAAGACAUGCUUACUUAUCUCCUACACAAGCAACACCUUCCCUAAUGAUUAUGUACCAACUGUGUUUGAUAACUUCAGUGCCAAUGUGGUGGUGAAUGGGCAAACUGUUAACAUGGGUCUUUGGGACACUGCUGGUCAAGAAGAUUACAACAGGCUCAGGCCUCUUAGCUACCGAGGUGCCGAUGUUUUCAUUCUCGCCUUUUCCGUCAUCAGUAAGCCUAGUUUUGAGAAUGUGUCCAAGAAAUGGCUUCCGGAGUUGAGACAUUAUGCACCGACGGUGCCCAUUGUGCUUGUGGGAACUAAACAAGAUUUAAGGGAAGACAAACAGUUCCUCAUGGAUCAUCCCGGCGCAUGUACUAUUUCUGCCGAGCAGGGUGAAGAGCUGAAGAGGCAAAUUGGUGCAACUGCCUACAUCGAAUGCAGUUCUAAAACUCAGCAGAAUGUAAAGAAUGUUCUUGACUCCGCAAUCAAAGCAGUGAUUCAGCCACCUAAACAGAAAAAAGAAAGGAGACAAAACAAGAUCUGCAACUUUCUUUAGUAUAUGAUGAGAUUGCAUAACUUUUUCCUUUUGUUUUCUUGUUUGUUUUGACUUUUUUUUUUCCUUAUUUAUUGGGAGAUGUAUAGCAAGCUUUGUCAUGGUGUUCAUUUCUAUAUAUACACACACAUGAUAUGAAACUUAAGUUGUGUUGU